AGUGGUGAAUGUACGUGAUGGUUCUCUCCGUUCUGACUGUGGUUUAUUUCUCUUUAGGCCUCACAGCAGCGGUUCCUCCGUCCGAGCUGAAACACAGCGGCUGUAUUAAAGUGAAUGGGUGUAAAUGUCUGAUGAGGGAUGGAUCAGGUCUCAUUGAUCUGGCCUCAGUGGCGGAUGAGGACGGGUUCAUACAGCGACUCAAACCCCUGCCAUCAGCGGUGGGAACCGCGGACGUGCUGCUGUCCUUCAGCCCGUGUCUGCCCUUCUCUCAGCCCGAGGACUUCAGCAUCACCGCCUGCACCGAUGUGGCUGCCUGUGUCAUUAUACGGAUUCAUCAGGACAACAGGUUCAUCAGUCAGUACUUGAACUUUGGCAGACAUGAAGGCAAUAAAUUCAGCUAUAACGACUCAAAGAAAACUCUCACGGUGUCUUACUCCAUGUUGCCUGACAGCGAGCCUCAAACUGUGGUUCAUUACCAGUGCAGCCCGAAUCACUCCAUCACUCACAGCCAGAGCUUCAGCGCAGACGGGCCCCUGCAGAUGUGGGUGGAGAGUCCCUGUGCGUGCCCGAACGCCUGUGCGCUGGUGGACGUGGGUCCUGGGACCAUCUUCCUCAUCAUCCUCUGCCUCAGUGUGACCGCUUACUUCAUUAUAGGAUCAUGUGCGCUUCGGCCGUUCAGGACUAGUAAUGGUGUUCAGAUGGCUCCAGAAGACAGUGUUUGGUGUAUGAUCUGCUAUCAGCUCAGCGAGCGGCCCGACGGCAGCAGGCGGAAGCGGAACUACUCACUGACUGACACGCUGUGAACUCACUGGAGACAUUAUGCGACGUUACAUUUCAUAAACUCCAAAUGCAUAUGUUACAAGGCCCACCCUUAAAUAAACACUCCCCAGCACAACAUGUUAGUUUAAAUAGAAAUCCCCAAGAUUUAUUGAUGGCUUUACAGAGUAUUUCACACACAGAAUGAUUUACUCACAAAUUUCCCAAGCAAAAUUGAUUUAAUAAAGC